AUGUGUCACUACCUUAUACCAUCCCUCUCGCUGCCGGUCAUGCCCUCUUCUACUUUGAGCGCCACGGUGUCUGCUCUGCGUCUCGCUAGCGAGAUCGCAGACCCUAUUCCUGUCCCUGGCCUCUCGGUCGCUCUUACUACGGCGCUUAAGAUCGCAGAAUUGGCCCAGGACGUGGAUAACGCGCGGGACGCAUGUCGAACUCUAGCGGAGCAUGUCGCUCGCCUAGUGGUCGUCGUGCACGAGCGUCUGGACGCCCAGCGCAAGUCCUCAGAGCUUCACUACGACUCCGAACACAUAGAGACGCUUUUGAUCGCGCUGACGGAGGUGGAGGGACUCAUGAAGCGACGCAUGAAGAUGGGCAUUCUGCGGCGUUUUGUGAAAACUCCCCAGCUCAAGAAGGACGUCUCGGAGGCUCAGACAAAGGUCGAUAAUGCUUACAACGUCUUCCAGGUGGAAUCAGCCAUCAACAACUUCCACGAAGUCGCGCUCCUGAGUGUGAGACAGGUCCAGCUCCUUCGGCACGCACAAGAUGCGGAACGCACUCAAGAAGCCGUGUUUGCGCGCUUGAGUGACUAUGACAGUAAGCUUGACAAGAUCAUGCAGAAGGCGGGGACGAACCCCAACUACGAUGGCGUUAUGCGACUCUACGGACGAGACGAGCUAGAGCUGAUCGAAGACCUCGGCCCCGAUCCCAAAUCUAACGAGGAGCCACAUGCAGGAUCGUCGGACGAUAGCACGACGACAUCCCGUUUCGUGGCCAGGGUUCUACAGACGGGGCGUAAUGUCACCGUAAGACGGUUUACGAGGCCGGAUAACACGUUCAGCAACGCCGUCGGCGUGGCAAAGAAGAUCUGGCACCCCAACAUUGUAUCUGCCAUCGGAUAUUCUCGCGAGGACCCUACCAAUGCAUUCAUCGUAGAUGCAGGAGCUUACUCACGAACAUUCGAUGUAUUCACGCAAUCACUACGAGGCUACGACAAGCAGAUGUGGACAAAGAAAUUUACAAGACAACUUGUCUCGGCGUUGGUCUAUUUGAAGGGCUUUAGCGCAUCGCUCCAAUGGACGCCAGACGAAGAUAUGCGUCCAAUUAACGCAGACAAGGACCUCAUGAUUGUCCACUCUGGGGAAAUGUACAGCUUCUCCUGGAUAGUGGCACUCAUGCUUAUCCAGAUGGUCGAGCUACACGAGUCUGGCCGCGCUACGAUCCUGGCGUCGCAAGGUUCACCUUCAGUCGCAACCCCAGCUGCGCAACCCAAAUCCUACUCCGCGCUUGCGGAAGAAUGGCGCUCCCUCGCGCUCAUCGCCGACUACGACAGGGACAUCUUCCUCUGGUGGCGCAAUCGGGGUUUCCAGCUCCUGGGCAGUGCUUCUCAGUCUCGGAGCAAGGUAUAUUGA